AGCUAGUAUACACUAUUCAGUUAAGUUUGUGACAUAGCACAACGCGGAGCUUUCAGAUAGACAGAUAGAUUUAGUUUAUGCUUUCAACAUUGAUCAGCGCAGCAAUUAAUAUGAUAAUACGGGAAAAGUGAGAGCAUACAUUGUUCGAAGCUAUUUUUAAAUAAAGUGAACAUGGCAAAAUCUAGUAGUUUUCAAAAAACGCAUUCGACACGCCUUUCUGAUCAGUCGGCAGUUUGCGGGAAAACGCCUGAGCUACGGAGUACAUCAGUUUCAGAUCCAGGCCUUUUAGAUCGAACAAGUUAUACUAAUGCCAGUGUUGCGCUGAAACAUAUGGAAAAGGGACGUGCUAGCGGUAACCAUGCUGGCCUAUGGGUUCGAAGCAAAAUUCAGGAAGAAAUGUUUCAACUAGGAAACAUUAUACAGGUGCAUGCUGGUAAGGUUCUAUUUACCGGCCUCCUCCUUCUGUCCUCUUUGACAAUCGGCCUCAAAUCUGUAAAGGUGGAGGACCGGAUAGACCGACUGUGGGUGGUUGAGGGUGGUCGGGUGGCGAGGGAAAUGGAAUAUAUGGACUCGACCCUGGGUGAGGGUGCUGGAGGGGUGAAUCAGAUGUUGAUACAGACAGGCAAGGGAAGUAAUCUAUUGAGUGCUGAUUCCUUACUUCAUCAUCUCAAGAUUCUUAAACGUGCAUCAAGAGUUACAGUACAGAAGGAUGACAUUACCUGGCAACUAGCUGAUCUGUGCUACAAACCGUCCAUCCCACAGACCGAAUUACAAUUUGUAGAACAGAUCCUAGACAAACUUUUCCCUUGCGCCAUUAUUACACCACUGGACUGCUUCUGGGAAGGAAGUAAACUGCUAGGACCUGAUUCUCCAGUCUAUGUACCGCUGGGAGGAGACGAGGGUAGUAUGGGAGUAUCAUGGCCAACACUAAACCCGACUCAACUUUUUAACAAAAUGGCGGAUAUUUUCCCAACCUUCCGCCUAAACCAGUUUCAGAGGUUCAUGAAGGAUGCUGGGAUCAAUUCAGGAUACCAGGAAAAGCCUUGCUUGAAUCCCUUGGACCCUGGUUGUCCAUUGAGUGCUCCUAACAAGAACAAAACAUCCGCUCCAGAUAUAGGAGCAGAACUUACUGGAGGUUGUUCUAGCUUUGCUACAAGAUACAUGAGGUGGCCGGAGGAGCUAGUGGUCGGAGGUGCUCAAAAGAACAAGAGCGGGUAUAUCCGAGAGAUCGGUGCUUUACAGUCUGUUGUCCAGCUUAUGGGACCAAGGGAUAUGCUGGACUACUGGUCCAACACAUAUAAGGUCCAUACACUUCGUUGGAAUCUGGAGACAGCUCAGGAGAUCCUACAGGAGUUCCAGGAGAGGUUCCAGGAGGAGGUGGAGAAAGAAUUCGAGAAGGAGAAGUAUGAGUUCAAUUCCUACUCCUCUCUAGCUCUGAAGAAUCUUAUGAAUAAGUUCUCAACUGGUUCUAUCACUAACAUGGUCGCUGGUUAUACUAUUAUGGUUGUUUAUGCUGGAGUCACCCUGUAUAGAUGGGGUGAGAAGGUUCGUUCCCAUGCAGGUCUAGGUGUAUGUGGUGUUCUCUUGGUUUCAGUUACAGUAGCGGCUGGUAUGGGUCUAGCGGGCCUAACAGGACUAGUGUUUAAUGCUAGCAGUACUCAGAUAGUUCCAUUCCUGGCUCUAGGGCUUGGAGUAGAUUCACUUUUCCUUCUCAUACACACAUUCUCUUCUCAAACAGCUAUUAACAUACCCUGCAAGGACCAAGUUGGCGAAGUGUUAAGAAAAAGUGGAGUGUCUGUGUUAGCGACAACGUUUUGCAAUGUGGCAGCAUUUCUCGCCGCUACUAUCAUUCCAAUACCAGCCAUGCGCUCUUUUUGCUUCCAGGCAGCCACCUUGAUAUCUUUGAAUCUAUUUUCUGUUAUCAUUCUUCUUCCUGCCAUGAUAGCUCUAGAUGUCCGACGAGUGUUCGCAAACAAGUACGACAUUCUUUGCUGUGUGGGUGUAGCUGAAGAGGAGGAAAAUAAUAAAAAGAAUGAAUCUAAAUGCCGGAAGGGUGAGGUUUUUACAUCUUGGUCGGGAGAUAGUCCUGGAGAAAAAAGCUCUUCUAUAGAUCUGAUGGAGUGUAAAGAAGCAAAGACUGGAAGUAAAUCUUGUUCCAAAAAUCUCACAUUGGCAAGGUUUGCCCGAGAUUACUAUGGUAAACUGAUUAUCCAAACUCCCAUCAAAAUCAUUAUCAUUAUCAUUGCACUUGCACUAUUAAGUGCCAGUGCUUGGGGUAUUAACAAAUUAGAAGAUGGUCUCAACCUUACUGACGUGGUUCCUAAAAAUACUCCUGUUUGGAAGUUUUUGGAGGCUGAGGACAAAUAUUUUGGGUUCUACAACAUGUAUGCCAUCACAGAAGGAAACUUUGAAUACCCUGAGAACCAGCAAAUGAUCUACGAUUUCCACAAUUCAUUUGUCAGAGUUCAGAACAUUAUCAAGGAUGAUAAUGGAGGUUUGCCAGAGUUCUGGCUUUCUUUGUUCAGAAGCUGGCUUAUCAGACUUCAAGAAGCUUAUGACAAGGAUGCAGCUGUAGGUUUAAUCGACGAGGAGGGUUGGAAGAAGAAUGCAUCCGAUGACGGAAUUCUAGCAUAUAAACUCCUGGUUCAGACCGGACAUGUUGAUUUCCCAGUGGAUAAGUCACUUCUCCGGACGGAGCGACUAGUAAUUAACGGAAUGAUAAACCCCUCAGGGUUUUAUAAUUACCUUUCUGCUUGGUAUUCCAACGAUGCAAUGGCUUACAGUUUUAGCCAGGGAAGUAUAGUUCCGACUCCUAAAUCUUGGUUUUCAGAUAGAACCGAUUACAAUCUUAAAAUACCAAAAUCAAAACCCAUUCGUUACGCGCAGAUUCCAUUUCUCUUGAAGAAUUUAGGGACUACAGACACUGUUGUCGAAACCAUCCUUCAAGUAAGGGAAAUUUGUGACAAAUUUGAAGAGAACGGACUCCCAAACUUUCCAAAUGGGAUACCAUUCACUUUUUGGGAACAAUAUAUCGGAUUACGGAGUUAUAUUCUUAUUGCGCUCGGAGCAUCUCUUCUAGCAGUAUUCCUAGUAGUUUCCCUGGUACUCAUGUCACCUUGGGCAGCCGCUUUGAUGACCUUUGUGAUCGGUUGUAUAGUUGGGGAGCUGUUUGGAGCACUGGGCAUACUUGGAAUUAAACUGAGCGCGGUACCUGCCAUCAUUAUCAUCCUCUCGGUUGGUCUCGGUGUAGAGUUUACAAUUCAUUUUCUAGUGGCUUUUGUGGGAAGCGUUGGAAAUAGAGAACGGAGAACAUUGAUUGCUCUUGAACAAAUGUUUGCUCCAGUUAUACACGGAGCAGUCUCAACCCUACUCGGAGUUCUCAUGUUGGCGUUCUCACAAUUUGAUUUUAUUGUCAGAUACUUUUUUCUUGUUUUGUUGGCCCUUGUUAUUCUUGGACUGUUCAAUGGCCUCGCAUUCUUCCCUGUUCUCCUUGUGAUCCUCGGACCUCCAGCUCAGAUUAUUCCGACCUCUGGUGAUGGUAGCAGCCUCCCUCCUCUUACACCUCCGACACCCCCAGCACGGUUUAAGGCAAAACCUGUCAAACCUACAAAGUUUGGACAAAGAUCUCAAAAAGUUCCAAGACGUCACAACUCUGAUCUUAGUCUGAGUACAAUAGCAGAGGAGAGCCAUAGCCAGCACAGCACUAACAGCUGUAGCAGCAACAGCAGUGGAGGUUGUGGUGAUCCAGGAUCUGUUCAAUCUUCAUUAAAUGGAACCAGUGUGUUCCUUGAACCUCAUAUCACUGUAGAGACUUCCACUUUACCUCAAUCUAGUACAAAUAGCUCGGGUUCCGGUGGACAGGUGACUAAAGUGACAGCUACAGCUAAGUUCAAGCUCGAGCUUCACACUCCAGCUGCUGAGUCGAGCAGUCGGUCAAAUUCACGUUCUCGCAGCCGACGAAACAGCUCCAGCAGUAGCACUCCAGCUGAAUCACUUCGAGCUAGUGGUGACACUAGUACAGCAUCAAGCCUGUCAAGUGAUGGUGGAUUCUCAGAAAGAUAGACUGUUGUGACCAAAAAAAGCUUUUUCAAAAUUGUGCAUUUGUUUGCUAAAAUUUCCGUUUUCCUUUUUGUACAGCUAGAAAUAUCAGUAUUGUGUUAAAGAUCUAUUUUAACUAGAUCUAAGGCUGUGAAUCUAAGAAAUACCACUGUGAUAUAUUUUAAUUUUUUUAUUCUCCUGUUUUUUCAUUAGUAAAGAAAUAGUGUAUGGUUAAUCUUAUAAUAAAAUGAUCUGUUUGCAUCUUCAGA